AUGGUGUUGAGAAGUGAUUUUAUUGCUGUCCUGAACCGGAUUGCUCCAAGACUGCUAAUGCAUCCUGAACGAUCACGAUUAGGCAUGUAUCUCUAUGCUGAUCGCGACGUGAUUUUCACUCUGAUGCGCGACAUUUCUCUAGUCAUCACUGAAUCACCAUUAAGUCUCCUAUUAGCUCGUCUCAUGGCUGAAUCCGUGCCAAAACAACAACUAAUAGCUCUAUGUCACAAUCACCACUCGAAAUACCUGAACGAUCUACAAGCUCUCGGUCUGGAAACUGUACACGUCACGCCACGUACCCCAUCAGAAAUCUCAUCAGUGAUAAAUCCACCACAAUUCCCAUCAAAGUCUGUUGAGUUGAUGGCGUCUUUGCUUUUCGAGGCACGUAAUCAUCAAGCUAGCAAUAUGUUCUUGCCGAUAUGUAUGGACAAUGUACUCUCGACGCAUCUUAUGCCGGCUCUAUGGAGACCAGCACAUAUAAAGGGUGUUCUCGCUUCAUUGAAUAUGGGGAUAGCCUCGCCAUUACUUCCUUUUAGUCAAGAUCAGCUGGAAAAUGUAUAUGAUCUUGGUGCAAAUCAGGUUGAGGAAUUGGGCGUCGAGAGUGGUCUUGAGCAAGCAGUUUCACGUUUUGAGGGCAGAUGGGAACCUAUGCCUCAACGCAUCAGAGAAAUGCUAACAGACUGUGCUCGCUUCUUCCCAUCGCUGGGAUAUGCGACCUUAUCAACUAAUCUCAUUCAUGAUAAUGCAACAGUGACACGAGCUCUGUCACAUGUAAUACGGUGGAUUGGUGGGUCUGCAACUUCUAGUCUGUCCGAAUUACCUGUUGCAAUCUAUGAACUAGUCAACCAUAUAUCUACACCGCCAGUUUCCAAAUGGACUAGUAUACCGAUCGGUGAUACUGCUGCUUUUCACUUGUCUCCAACAAUCCCUCAUACAUGUAUAGUGACGUUGACGAGGGCGCCAGACCAUGCGGUAGUAUUAGAAAUCGGCCAAACUGUAUGGUGGGACAACCGAUAUUACAUCCGACUACUACCACCGCCAGAGUCUCUAGCCGCUCACAGUGUAGGAUUAGGAUCGUCUCAGGCCGUACUCGGCCUACCAAUCCCCUGUAAAUUUGUAGUUAGGCCGUUAACUUCCAAGGACGUGUAUAAAUGCCUGCACUCGUAUCUUCCCCGAUUACGUGGAUUUGAAGCUCAGACGUAUAUAAAGCAGCUACUACACCAUCUCUUAUAUGAACUGCCUCCACCUCUGUUUGAGACGCUGCCGUGUGUUGCUCUCAAGUAUCAGAAUAGUGAUCAGGACUAUUUAGUUUGUAUUCCUGGGCUCGAUAUUAAUUUUGAGCCGGGGCUUGUACAGGUGCAUAUGACGCAUGCUAAUCGUAUACCUACUGCUGCUUGGCCGAUACCUGUAACUGCAUGUAAAUAUUUAGACAAACAUUGA